AUGGGAUUCGGUGGCUGGCCAUAUUCGCAUCCGUGGAAGUGGGCACCGUGGACUGGUGUCAAACAGGGUUCACAGUGUGGUGAGAAGGGUGCAUGGUCAUCAUGGGUGGUGCCACAAUGUGAGUCGCCAUGUGCGUGGUCAUCAUGGGCGGCUCCGCAAUGGGGCAAGCCGUGGGGAUGGUCGUAUCCGUGGUGGUAG